AUGUCGAGCGCAAAGGCGUCCGGCGCGGACGCCGGCAGCAGCAAUGCCCGCAGUCGAGAACAUCAGCAGGGAAACCAGGGCCGCUCCUAUACCGUCGAACAAAAAGCUGCCGUCAUCCGCAUCCGCCAGUGCUCGCCGACGGCGUUCUACGAUAUUCUUGGCCUCGAAGAGGUGAAGAAAACUGUGACCGACAGCGAAGUAAAGAAGGCGUAUCGCAAGCUAUCGCUCCUAACGCACCCCGACAAGAACGGUCACGAACACGCCGACGAGGCCUUCAAGAUGGUGAGCCGUGCUUUUGGCGUGCUCGGCGACAAGGAGAAGAGGGAACGCUUCGACAGAUCUGGUGUAGACCCUGACUCACGCUUCGGCCAGGCGCAGGCCCAAAAUCCUUUCAGCGGAUUCGCGAGCAGAGGCGGCGGUGGCGCACCAGGCGGUGGCGGCUUCGGUGGAGGUUUCCAGGGCGAGGAGAUGACGCCUGAGGAGAUGUUUCAACGGUUCUUUGGAGGAGGUGGUGGCUUCGGCGGGUUCGGCGGCGGUCCAUUCGGUGGCUUCGACACGGGGCCGCAAUUUGCCUUCAACUUUGGCGGUGGACCAGGUUUCCGAGUACAUCAAUUCGGCGGCGGCCGACCACGGAGACGACCAAGGGAAGGGCAGCAGGGACAGGCAGAAGGCGGUUUAUCACCUCUGCUCGGCAUGCUUCCCCUGUUGCUCUUUUUCGUCUUCCCCAUCCUCAGCGGUCUCUUCUCCGGCGAAUCGGGCCGAUCAUCUACUCCUCAAAUGCACUUUGAUACCCCCUCACCACCAUACACCAUGCAGCGAGAGACUUCCAACUCCAAGGUACCGUACUUUGUCAAUCCUGUGGAUGUCGAGUCGUACUCGAAGAAUAAGCUCAGCCAACUGGACCGGUCAGCCGAGGCGACACUGGUCAGGACCCUGCAAUUUCAAUGCGAGAACGAGAUGAAUCACAAGAGGAGAAUGUAUGAUGCGGCUCAGGGUUGGUUCUUCCAGGAUCCAGUCAAGAUGCAGGAAGCCACAGCUUACGCCACGCCCUCAUGCGAUCGAGCCAAGAAAUUGGGACUGCUACGAUGA